AUGGCAGUACCUCGAGUGGUGCCUCGAAUAACGACCAACAGCCUCCCUCUACCCACCCGAUUAAUCCAGCCGUCACGUAUACGAUCCUACGUUCUACGUCUCCCUCUCUUUACCCGCCUCAUCCUAGUCGCUAUUGUGGCGUUCUGGAUACUCGAACUGCAAACCGUCUGGAGCGUGAUAAAAUGGGGUUCACUGGAACCCAAAGAAAUCAAUCUGGGGAGCAUGUACAGGCUGAACACCUUUGUCUUGAUACACACGGGGUUCUGGCACAUGUUGAUUAAUACCAUCUGCCUGAUGCCUCUGCUCGAGAGGUUUGAAGCUGAAUUUGGCACGCUGAACAGCAUUGCGUUAUUCAUGGGUCCGCUGGGCCAGAUACCUGCGGUUUUAUAUUUGAUAAUGGACGGCGUUAUCCUCAGAGACAAUACGCCAGUUCUCGGAUCAAGUAUAUGGGUGUUCCUUCUUCUUGCGGCCGAGGCCAUCAAAACAUAUCGGGCAAAUCCAUAUCUUGAGAUCGGAGACCAAAAGAUACCAACUUGGAUAUCACCACUAGUGAUACUGGUCGUGACAUCUAUCCUGAUUCCCAGCGCUUCCUUCCUUGGACAUCUCAGUGGAUGUAUAACGGGAUAUCUGUGGGGCUUGGGCUAUAUUCGUUUCCUCGCACCCCCGGAGAAAGUCCUUCGCUGGAUCGAAGGCAAACUCAAUCUACUUGGACGAUUACCGCACUAUGUGUCUGUGGACCAGAAGACUUAUGGUCGAUAUGGCGUUCUCCCCACAAGUUCAACCAGCGGACCAGAUGGCCAUAUGAGCCCUAUCGGACUCGGUUGGAUGGAGAAGCACGGUACCUUGGACAGUUGGAUCGAGCUCAAAUUGGAUAAACGGAGCGUCAUGUCUGUGGACAGGUUGCCCGGUGUACUAGUAGCCAGAUUUCCUGCGUCAGCGGAGGCGCGAGACGCGCAUAAUUGGCGGCUAAUCUUCGGCGUCGUAGGAACUGUCCAGAUCUCCUUGAACACAUUCACAUCGCCCCUCGACAUUGUGAGUACAAAGGCCUUGCCGAGUGGCUUGACAGGAAACCUCGCCUCAAGUCUCCGCAAGGACGACCCCCGACUGCUGCGAAUCCCACCGUAUUUGUCCCUGCUGUGCAUGAUCGUCGGCAUUGCAUGGAUCCUGCCCUUGCCUUUACAGGAGUACUCUCGACAGACAUACAUCUCAGAAAAUGCCCUCCUUCCUGGCCAGGUCCACACUUACUUCGGCGGUAGCGAACAAAAUGUUUUCCGCGCAUAUCGACACGAGUUGGCUACGGUUCUGGAGGGUGGUGUGAAGGCUGCUGGCAACGAGACCUUGGACAAAUCAGAGCAGAGAGCUUGGGAGGCUCGUACCAGUGAAAAGAUAGGAGAGCUCUUCCGAAACGCGGGCCUGAAGACUGCAAAGCAACGGUAUUCUUAUACGUCGUCUGGCCAGUCUUACAACGGAGAGAAUGUCUAUGCCGUUCUGCACGCGCCGCGCGGUGAUGGAACCGAAGCAAUUGUGCUUGUUGCACCGCUCCGAAACAUCGAUGGUGUCCCCAACGUGAAUGGUGUGCCGCUGUUGAUUUCUCUGUCGCGGUAUUUCAAACGAUGGUCACUGUGGUCCAAGGACAUCAUAUUCCUGGUCACACCGGACAGUACCGCAGGGCCUCAAGCCUGGAUCGAUGCGUAUCAUUCUACCCAUGAUCCAUGCAACGUGGAAGACCUGUCGCUAAAGUCUGGCGCACUUCAGGCUGCUGUCUGUAUCGACUAUCCUUUCGAACAUCGCUUCGAGACCCUUCAUAUUGCAUACGACGGCAUUAACGGCGCUCUACCCAACCUCGAUCUUUUCAAUACCGCCGUAUCUAUCGCAUCGGGGCAGAUGGGAAUUGGAACCUCUAUACAAUUUCAACACGCCUACAGCAAUCAUGAGCAGUACAACUCGUACCCUGUCCGCCUCCAAACUCUCGUCCGCGGAAUGUCAACACAGGCCCUCGGCCAUGCAACUGGUCCCCAUUCUACUUUUAUGACGUAUCAUAUUGAUGCUAUCACCUUGACAGCGACGAAUGAGGGCUGGCAGGACGAGAUGGCGUUUGGGAGGACCAUCGAAAGCAUCUGCCGGAGUCUCAACAAUCUACUUGAGAAACUGCACCAGAGCUUCUUCUUCUACUUGCUGAUGCAGUCAAAUCGAUUCGUGAGCAUCGGAACGUAUUUGCCAGGUGCGAUGAUAAUGGCGGCCGCUUAUACGAUUAUGGCAAUCUACCUUUGGGUAUUGAGUGGCUAUCAAGUUGCUGAGAAAGAAGCAGAGCCGGUGGCCGGCAAGUUGGAAAAUGGGACAACAGAGAAGACCGGUGUUUCGGAACCACGAGUAUCAGCGGCGAAGGGGUCCCAGCCCAAAAUCGAAUUCAAACCAGUCGACCGACAACUCGUCCUACCAAUCGCCCUCCUCACAGCGAUACACCUGGCGUCUCUUCUCCCACUAUACCUCCUUACUUCGCUGAGCCUCAAAGCCAUACCCUCAACAUUUUUUCUCAUGACGGUUGCUCUGGUUGUGCUCCCUAUCGUUCUAGCAUCAGCGCUUGCUGAAAUGCCCAACAACACCACCUUACCUGCCUUUUCCGCGCCUACCAACGAGCAGUACGUUCUUACCAAAUCACUAAGCCUUUUAUUGCUUGGAUUGUCUUUGACGGUCCUCGCAACCCUGAACUUCAGCCUCAGCAUGUUUCUGGGUAUUGUUUGCAUCCCACUGGCCUUUGUGGACAGAACUCGCUCCAGGGCAGGACCGUCACUUUUCCAGUAUUUGAUACUUGUUGUCAUGAGUCCUAUGGGACUGGCAAUCGGAUUGAGCGCAUAUGGUGUCUUUGUGCUGGGACGAGAUGAUGUUCUUGUCGAGUGGGUACAGCGGCUCGCCCUGGGUUGGAACAUCUGGGGCAGUUGGGGGGUCCCUGUGGGUGUUUUGUGUAUUUGGUUGCCUGCAUGGAUUGUGGGUGCGACUUUGGUGGCCAGCUCUUGGUUUACAACGACAGAGACGACACAAAGUCCGCCAGACGUCAAGAAGGUGUCAUCAAAAUAA